CAAGUAUCAGCUGACUGGUUUGUUUUGCUGUAGACUCCGCAGCAGAUAGCAAGGAAGGAGUCGAACGACAUCAAAGGAGUAAAAUAAUUUGUUAUUCUUACAAAAAAUUGGUCUUGGAUCGCCCAACAGUUUAAAUCGCUUACGGUUGAAAUAUAUUUACCAUUCUUACAGGCAUCUUUUGCCUCAUUUACGAAACAGUUUGACCUGCGUGAAAUAUGCCUUCAGAGAAGACAUUCAAACAAAGGAGGACAUUUGAAUUGCCUAAAUAUGAACAUUUUAGUGGAGCAAUUGGGAUCAAGAGGUCCAUCCUUCCAGAGCAGAGAGUAGAUGAUGUACGACUGAUCCGAGAGCAGCACCCCAACAAGAUCCCGGUCAUCAUUGAGAGAUACAAGGGAGAGAAGCAGCUGCCCAUCCUGGAUAAAACCAAGUUCCUGGUUCCUGACCAUGUCAACAUGAGUGAACUGAUCAAAAUCAUCAGGAGGCGCCUCCAGCUGAACUCCAACCAGGCCUUCUUCCUGCUGGUGAACGGCCACAGCAUGGUGUCCGUGUCGGCAGCCAUCGCUGAGGUGUACGAGCGCGAGAAGGACGACGAUGGCUUCCUCUACAUGGUGUAUGCCUCGCAGGAGACCUUCGGAACCAUGGCCCCCCAGUAACAGCCUCCCACCACCACGCCAGCACUCGGACAUUGAUACUAUCUACCACCCUCCCUCCCUGAUCCUUCGUUCCUAAAUACAGACCUAUCCCCCUGCCUUCUCUCCAACCCAUGCUUGCUUUACAACCUUAACCAAGACCAUAGGAACCAGCCGACCUCUCCUCCCAUGUGCUAAAGGGCCCCUUAUAGAUAUUAAAAGCCCUAUCCUGCACCUUCUCAUACUCUGCCCCUUAUCCAUACAUUCAGCCAUGUGUUUAGGGAAAGGGAUUAAAUAGUUUGUUUGGGUUUUGUUGUAUAGGAUGGAUUAGUAUAGCAGAGAUGAUUGCCAGUUCAGCUUGAGUUCGCUCGCACAAGUUUCAAACAUUUUACAUGUUAAAUCCCUGCUUGAGUCCAUCACGGUUGAGUUCAGAUACAGCAAACCCCAUCUUUUCUUUUCCACUGGUUGGGUUUGCUAAACUUGAAUGAGCUCAGUCUUUUGGAUGAAGCUUCAAUCACAACAGCUGCUGAGGAAUUUUGUAACAGUUUAGUUGAAUCCAGUUUGACUGACAUGGGACAUUACUGCCACAACAUGUGUCAUCAUGUGGUAAAGUCUCCUGUGAUGGGUGACUUAGGCCAAGUCUUAACCGCUGUGACAAAAUUACUGUUUCUAUUUCCGUUUUAGUCUUUACUUUCGUCCAAUUCUAGGCAAACUAUAGUUUUUAAGGCUUACAUGUUAAUGUGUGUUCAGUUUAGCAUUCACCUCCCCCUGUCUUUAUAAUGGUUAUGGGUUCAGAGAUAAGUACAAUUUUCUCCUUAAUGAAAACAAAGGUCCUUUUUCAAAUAUGUUUUUAUUUCCCUGCCUUUGUCGUAAAUGUCUCCACAUAGAAGAGAUGUGAGGGACUCUUGGUUAAAAAAUGCUAUGCUACCGAAAACCUGCUAUGAUGAUUGUAAAAAGAGAUUUGCCUCUGUGUACAGAUAUUGGACAAAUGAAAGGAAUAAUAAACUGACCUUGAACACUA